AUGGGCCUCAUGCAAUAUGUCUGGCACUUGGCACUUGGUCAACCAAUAAGUCAUACCGAGGAAACUAGAGUAGAAGCCACGAAUGCAACUGAACACGAUGAGAGUAACGAAUCAGCUGAGCGCGUUUCUGAUCUGAUAUUUGAUCCGAAUAGAGGUCAAAACGACGGGAC